UUGCAAGAGUUGAUCAUGUGACCGAUUUCCCCUUAGCAACGCUAUGCUGACUGGCAAGCCAUUCUCUGCGUUGCAUGACAACCAGCUGUUAUCUUUGUAUUGAAGCGUGUCUCUUUCUUGUGUUUAAAGUGCUCUAAAGGUCAAUCCUAAUCUGUCCUUUUUACAACUGGAAAUAUAUUAUUGCCAAAGCUUACCAUACAAUGAAUUUUGUGAGAUUUUUGACCGAAGAAAGAGAAUUUUGACUUCGUGAAGCGAGCGCCAGCGAGACGAACAUGGCGGAAUCAACAAUGACUAAUGAGACUAAAUGCUUGUCUUUCGAUCUCGAUUCGACAUUCAAGGACGCCUCACAGACAGAAGCACAACAAAAACAAUCUGGACCAUGGGAAUCUCAACACACGAGAAAUCCUGAACAUCCUUCCAAGAGGAUAAAGAAGUCCAAUGAUCAUUGUUGUGUUCCAGAGUGUGAGGGGGACGCUCGAUACGAUUCCUCUCUGUCUUUUCAUCGAAUCCCAAAGAAUAACGACCUUAGAAAGAUCUGGAUUUCAAAAAUUAGAAGAGAUGAAGGUGAUCUUUUCAAGGUUAGAACUGUUUGCUCGAUUAAGUGAACACCAAUUGAUCUAACAUUGGACAUGAUAGUAAAUGUAGUUCGUGGCAUUUUUAUCA